UGCCAGUUUGACAACAUGUACAAAUUGUUUACAAUUGUGUUUCCUCUAAAUCAGGUUCAUAAUUCUCUUCCUACUGUGGAGUAGCCUUUUCUUUUUUUUUUACUCAUGGGAGACUACAAGUAUAUAGACACAAUGGGCAAUCAUAAUUGAAUGUAGGGUACUAUUUCGAGGAUAAAGUAUAUAUAUAUAUAUAUUAAAAAGUUUAAUGUAACCAAUCAAAUACAAGAAUGUUCAAUACGUUUUUCAACGGUUUGGCCGAGUGACGGCGAAAUGACCUCCGCAAUCAGGCUCAUUUGUAGCAGCUGUUUUCUUAUUGCGAUUCGAAAGGAAACUUUCGACCGUCGUGUUCUUUAUCCUCUACGCGUGAAGUUAUGAAGCUUUGCAUAGCUAUCGUUUUUUAUUUUCAAUCUCUUUAAAAAGAUGCAGAAAGCUCUGAAGAAGUAUUUUGUCAACAUGGACGAGUAUCUAGCCAGCAUCGGUCUCUACCGGAAAAUGAUGGCAAGAGACGCGUCCUGUCUAUUUCGAGCUGUCUCUGAGCAGCUUUAUUACUCACAGAAUUUUCAACAAAAGAUAAGGAAAGAUUGUGUCACCUUCAUGAGGGCAAACCGAUGCGAUUUUGAACCUUUUGUUGAAGGGUCAUUUGAGAAGUAUCUGGAACGUCUGGAGGACCCUACGGAAACUGCUGGACAAGUUGAGAUAAAGGCAUUGUCGUUGUUGUACAGGCGGUGCUUCCUCAUAUACAGGUACCCUGGGAAGCCACCAACUGAGAUAACUGAGAAAGAGUACGUGGAGAAGAUUUUGCUGUGUUGCUCCAACAAUGGCCACUACGACAUUGUGUAUCCCAGGAACUACCCAAUCGAUGCAGCGCUGUGUCAGGCUCUGUUGUAUGAACUGCUGUACACACAAGUCCUUGGUGUUGAGGAGGGGGAGUUGCAGGGAGCUUUGGAGGGGUUCCGUGGAGGAGGUCGUCGCUAUAGGAACAGCCUAUCAGUGUGCAGUGAGGAUGCAGGCUAUGACACCCCUGAGGACAGGGGUCAGGCUCAGAGGGACGAUUGGGAGCUCAAUGGGUACAAUGGGUACAAUCUCACAGAGGACAAAGCCAGGCCUGGAGCAGAGGAAGCAAAGACUCCAGAUGGACCAGCAAAACUUUCUCUCCCGUAUAAGGUGCUCAAAGCACUGGAUUCUGAGAUGUACAGAAAUGUAGAGUUCGAUGUAUGGCAUGACAGUCGCAAAGAAAUGCAGAAGACUGAUUACAUGGUGUUUGCUGGAAGACAGUACUUCUUGGGAGAUAAGUGUCAGGUUCGUCUCGACCCCAAAGGGAAGUAUUACAAUGCCUUCAUUCAGGAGGUGGGCACUCACCCCAGCGCUGUGACAGUGUUCAUCGAAGAGCUUGGAGAAAAACAUCUUGUGUCUCUGACUAACUUGAAGCCUGUGAACCCUGUCCCUGCCUGGAACAUCACCCCAAGCCGCAAGGGACCAUCAUACAGCAGGCCUGAGCAGUAUCCUGGAGAGAUGGACUCCGAGGUGAGAGGCCGGCGGCGCUUCUUUAAGAAGCCCAGAGGGAAGGAGAUGCUGAUGGUGACUUACAAUCGAUCCCAGCCUCCCCGCUUUCGGCCAGGCCCUGGCGGCAUACCCCCUGGGCGUGCCCCUGGCAUGUAUGCCCCCGCACCACACCCAGGGACACUGCCCUAUGAACAGUAUCACCCACAUCCUCCACCUAGGCCCCUGCGAGGAUAUGGCCCACCCAGGCAUCACUUUAUUGGGCCAGAGGCAGCAUACUACCCUCACCCAGGAAAACGCUGCUACCAGAGCUUCGACAACUACUCAUUCAGGUCACGCUCUUGCAGCCGAAGCAGGCGCCAGAUGCAUGCUGUCAACAAAGAGUGCCAGUUCAGCUAUGUCCCCGAGGCUGACGAGGAGGCACAGGACAUGGAAGGAACAAUCACCUUCUACGAGAUUGAGGAGGGAGAUGAGACCCCUUUCCCUCCCUUGCCGGGACAGGCUGUAGCAAACCCCAUGGUUCCAGCACCCCCUACCUACUGGAUGCAGCGGGGGCUGAGCCCCAUUCCCAUGUCUGGCAAACAGGCCAUGAACUCAUCGGAGGAGGACGCUGAUGAGAGGAGCAAUGGUGUCGACCAGGGUGAAUAUUCGGAGGAGUACAUCUAUACUGCUCAAGACCCAGGGUUCCAGAGCCCGUCUAUGUAUGCUGCGGCAGAGUCCACUGCCAACCUGACCAUUGAAGAGGGAGGAUCUCGUGCCGGCUCACCACAAGAGGGCGUAGCUACCUACAGCUACUCACAGCAGGUGGUGGUGAAGUCCGCAGUUAUCAGCUCUUCACAGGCUGUAAGCACAGCUCCAGCAGCUAUCUUCACCACCAACUCCUCUUCCGCUAGCAGCUCUCAGAUCCCCCCAGCACCAAUGGCUCCACCCUCAAGCCAUCCAGAGGGGGCUCCCAUGCCCCCACACACUAUGGGCAGACCAGUUUUAUCCAUGGCGUUUCCUCCUUCCUCUCCCUGGUUUGUGAAUGACAUGGGGGAAGCAGUCAGCGCCUCACCCCCUCCACCAUACUCCUAUGACCCCAACGGCAAUGACCUUCCACGAGAUUUCAAGGUCAUCCAAUAUUACUUUAAUUUAGGAGUCCAGUGGUACCAGCAGAGCUGGCAAUCCGUGGUGCAGAUGCAGCAGGUGUAUCAGCAGCCCGCUGCCUCCCCUCCCUCUGAUCACACAGUCUCCCAGUCCUACCCAGAGCCUGGGAGAACUGUGCCUGAUGGCCAGGGAGACAUUCCUGCCAACGGCAACCCCCUGGUCAUGGACCCUCCCUCUGCAGGAGCCCCAGGCAUAGUGUUCUACCCCUUGGUUCAGGACCAGUGCAGCCAACCCCCCCUCCACACCUACGAGCCUUAUGUUCCGAUGCUUUCUGCCACCUACCACUACCUCACACCCUGGAACUCAGGCCCUGCCCAACCCCGUGUGCUUGCAUCCUACUGCCCCUCCAAUCACCCAGUCAACUAUGUCACUGCACCCACACACCAAGGGCACUUUAUCCCUCCCAGCAUGUAACCAAGCACUGGGGAUGCGGGGAGGGAGGCAGGAUCCCUCUACUAUUCACCCACUCACAUUCACCCUAUGCCUGUAAAUGUUAAUUUGUGUCAAGUUUAUUGCACUUUGCUAGUCAGUGGCUGUGUCUGAAAUGGCAUCCAUAGGGCUGGUCAAAAGUAGUGCACUACGUUGGGAAUGGGGUGUAAUUUCAGACACAGCCACGGUUCCAUCCCCACAUUGUUCAGGGAUGUUUAUGUUAAUAUUAAUUUUUUGUUGCUUAAUUAAAAAAAAUAUGUUUCCCAGAA